AUGCUGGCAGCAGCGGCCGUGGUCACGUGGACGCCGUCGUCGCGUGCUGGCCCAGUGCUGCGGCCAUCAAGGACGGGCGCCACCGCCGUCCUACUCCUCGACGACGACGCUGACCGGAGGUCACGCCUCGCGACUGGACCAAAGGAGGGAGCGGACGACGCCGGCGCCGGUCGGGAGCCGCCCGCGGGGUUCAAGGACAGGGACCCCGGGCUGGGCUUCUGGGCGGGCACGUACCUGCUUCCGGCGGGCGCCUCCGCCCUCGCAGCCGCCGCCUACCUGGCCGUCUCUGCCCUUUCCUCCUCGCCGCCGCCGCCGCCGGUGGUCGCCGACUCGCUGGCCGCAGAGAGGGCCGCGGAGAAGGCCGAGGCGGCGGCCAGGGCGGGGGAGACGGCCGCGCUCGAGAAGGCCAGGGCGCAGGCGGCGGCCGUGGCGGACGCUGCGAUGGCGGCGGAGAGGGCGGCGGCGGCAAAGGAGGCGGAGUCCAAGGCGCUGGCCGACGAGGUCGCGGCGAGCCGCGUGCUGUCCGAGGCGAAGGCAGCGGAGGUGCUGGCGGCGGCGGAGGCGAGCGCCAAGGCGAAGGCCGAGGAGGCCGCCGCCGCCACGGCCAAGGCGGCCGACCAGGCUCUUGCUGGUGCGGACGGGGCGGCGGCGGCGGCGCCCGGCAAACAGCGCGAGGUAGUGGUCGACGUGAGGGCGGCGGAGACGGCCGCGGCGGCAGCCGCGGAGGCGGAGGCGAGGGCGGCCGAGGAGGCGGCGGCGGCGGCGGCGAACGCAGACGCGGCCAGGGCAACGGAGGAGAGGGCGGCGGCGGCGGCGGCGGCGGCGCGCAAGGCGGCGGCGCAGGCGAGGCUCAGCGUCAAGAAGGCGACGGCCGACGCGAGGAAGGCGGAGGCAAGGGCGGCCUCUGCUCGGGCGGCGGAGGAGGAGGCCGAGGCGGCGGCGGCAGCGAUGGAGGCGACUGCGGCGAGCGAGCGGGCGGAGGCGAAGGCCGCCGCCGCCCGGGCGUCAGAGGAGGCGGCGGCCGCGGCGAGGGCGGCGGAGAGAGCCGCCGCCGAGGCGGCGGCCGUCGAGUAG